GGCGUCCGCCUUGUGAUCCUCACCUCUCAACGAACGACAACGGUAAUUCCCUCCUCAGAGCUUUACGACCCUCGCCAAAGCGCCGCGUACUCCCUAUACACUUCUUUUCCCUUACCUGAAUUACCAACUAGAACCCGAUAGCCGGAGACGAGCACCCAGCCUCCAAACGACCUAUCCCGACCACAAGAUCCGGUUCACAUUACACUUGCCCGCCAUGGUCAAGCCAGUUGUUUCGGCGAUGAAUGCAUGGACAUGCGUGGUCGUGUCCGCUUUCGCCAUUGUAAUCCUCUCCGUCAUAGGCUCACUAUUCAAAUCGGAACACCACAUGGUCAUGGGCUCGGAAGACGACCCCAAAGAUGGCGGAGCAGUAGCAGGUGCUGUCUUCGGUGCUGUGUUUAUAUACACUGGAUUCUUCGUCUUCUGCGGUUUCCAGGCCUUCCUGCACUACAGAGAAAGCCGACGCGGCGCGAUAAGUUUGUCAUAGGCAGUCUCUCCUAUACGAUCCGUCCACCCUCUCAUGUACGGGGCGACGAUGGGGGAGUUGGAGGCGCAACCGCCCGAUAUGGAUUCGCAGCCCAAGGUUGGUGCUUUCGCACUAAGGUAGAUUUGUGUUAUAUCACCGGUUGGGAGGGCAUACGGCGUUACAACGGCACUUUCUUACGGGGUUACGUAGAUUUGAACUGCGGACUUGGGGCCGCAGGAUAUAUAGUUCGGUUUAUGUAUGUUUAGCCUUGA